AUGAAUGAGGCAAGCAAAAUUUACGUCGCCAUAAAUCUCACCAUAACCCUUAUUCAAAUGGUGGUUAUGUUUUUCUGCUAUGGGUGCGUGAUUAAGGGACUUUACUUUAGUAGCAUAGUGUACCCAGAAACCGACAGAGAGACAACAUCACAGAAAAAGAAACUUGUCAUAACUCUAACCCUUGCCACUACGGGGUUUGUAGUGUGUUACACGCCAUAUCUGUUGUAUUUUUGGACAUUUCUGUCAACAGGAAGUGAAAGAACCGAAGACUUUCUAGACGUAGCGGAUUUUUUUUUCGUGUCCAGUUUAAGUCUAAACCCUAUUAUUUAUGGAUUUCGUGGUAAAAAAUUUCGAGAAGGGCUUACAAGAAUGUUGUUAUGCUGGAAACCUACAACACAGAACAAUGCUUUUGAACUGAAUAACUAAUUGCUACUCUUACUAUUUACGUCAUGUAACUGAUUAGCUCUCUUUCUAAAAAAAAUAUACUCUUGCAUAAUACUGUCAACUCGCAUCCAAUUGUUAAGGACAGCUUUGCUUUUCUUUCUAGUUAUGUACAAAAAGCUAUGUGAAAUCUUUGAAGAAAACUUAAGGAAAUCUGCGUAUGGUAAAAGUGCUUUUUAGGAGUUAUGUAUCUGUAAUUUCAUUAAGUUUUGGCCCGGCCUGUAAUGUUUUGAAGUAGUAAAGAAGUUAAAAAUGACUACAAAAAAUAAUAAAGAAAUAAAUAAAACUAAAAAUCAUGAUAAUAAUAAUGAUAAUAAAAAUAAUGAUAGUAAAAAGAAAAUAAUAAUAAUAAUAAUAAUAAUAAUAAUUCUAUCCGCCUGUUAACAUUAUAGUCAAAUUUGUAACAUUUGGGGCGAGGCUUCACUGGAAUAACAGAUAUAACUAA